GAAUUUUUUUAUCUGUUCUGACAUUAUAAAAUAAUAUUUUCUUAGUUUGAUAGGUAUGGCACCAUUAAUUAAUUUAGGUAGAAUUGUCAUUUUUAUUAUGUUGUUUUGGCCUACUCAUGAGCAAUUAAUAUUUUUUUCAGUUUACAUCUGACUAAGAUGAGGCCUAGCUUGUGGCCUUAUGCUUGGGAGUUGGGCUGCUGGGAAGGCCUAUCUAUACUGUGCAAACUGCUGGCUUGUCUCUGUGGCUGGUUUGCAGGAGGGUGGGGUCUAGUUGUUGGAUUGCCCCAGAGCUCAGAGUCCUUGUGUUGUAAGCCCUCCACUGGGAAGCUGGCUGUUGCUGCUCUAGGACCUGGCUCCCCUAUCACUCCAGUGAGACAGAACUUUCCUUUAGAGCUGAACUGGAGAUUUCUCAGAAUGAAUGAAAAUACAAUGACAAAGACUCUCCAAGCACGAAAACUUCCUGAGUGGAUGUCUACACCGCAUAAAGGAUGUGAUAGAGAUAAAAAAAAGAGGAGUAUUCUGGAAGAUGAUCUUCCCCUACUGGAAUUCCCUGGCUCCAUCAUUUAUAGUUAUGAAGCGAGUGAUUGUUCCUUCCUAGCAGAAGAUAUUAGAAUGAACUUAACUGAUGGAGCUGUGGUAGGGUUUGACAUCGAAUGGCCUCCACCCUUUUGGAAGGGCAAGUCAGGCAAGGUUGCCCUUGUUCAGUUAUGUGUUUCCGAGAGCAAAUGCUAUUUAUUUCACGUGGCUUCUAUGUCAGUUUUCCCUCAGGGUUUAAAGAUGUUACUCGAGAAUGAAGCUGUUAAAAAGGCUGGUAUGGGAAUUGCAGACCAGUGGAAACUUCUCCGAGACUUUGAUAUCCACCUGAAGAGCUUUGUGGAGUUGGCCAGUAUGGCCAAUGAGAAGCUCAGAUGUAAAGAGACUUGGAGCUUGGACAGCUUGGUUAAGCAUCUUUUCAGUAAGCGGCUUCUCAAGGAGCAGUCCCUCCGCUGCAGUCGCUGGGAGGACUUCCCACUCACCGAGGACCAGAAGCAAUACGCUGCCAUUGACGCUUACGCUAGUCUUAUAGUUUACCAAAAAUUGGAAACCAUGAGUGGAACUGAACAGAUAUUGCUGACAACAACUGGGGUGGACUGCUUUCCUGAGGAGGUGAAGAAGCAGAUGCUGUCACUCUCUGAAGAGAUGUUGCAUCUGACCAAGCGUCUUUCCCAUCCUUGGAGACUCUGCAGCAAGCCACAGAGAGUUACUGAGUUACUGAAGAAUCUUUCAGAUGACCUGGGGGCCUUAAGGACUGCACUGUUUGGAGCUCCUGACUCGGAGAGGCUCCUCAGGGACACCCCAUCAGAUGAUGGCCCUGCAACUAAGAAAGAACUGAAAAGACUUGGAGAAGGGCCUCAGGCCACAUCAAAACAUGGUGAAAGGGACUCAAAUGAUGGUGACUUCAUUGAAUGUGGUGGAGGAAGUAGGAUGGGCAAUACGGUGGACCUGAUCAAAGAUGCGUCUGAAGGUGGAAGGAAGGAUCAAAAACCCCAAGAAGUCGGGGAAAGGGUUUGUUUAAUGUCACUGGAUAUUACUGAAUACGAACUUCAGAUGAUGGAGCAGCAGGCACGGGAAGAAGUGAAUGAAGCCGCACAAGUGUCUGAUCAGGACUUAAUUUCUGUGAUGGAUGCUCAUGAUCUUUCUAAUGCUAUUGAAAGUGACGAAGAUCUGGAAAUGCAGAUGCUUAAAUCUUUAGAAGAUUUGGAUCGUGGAAAAUUGAAGCUGAAUGUGUCAGAGUUGCCAGAAGCAGAAGGCAAGGCUGGGAUCACUGCUGAUGAGGGGGACGAGGAAGCUAUUGAAGAAGAGGAAGAUGAAUGGGAUCCUUCGUUCCCAAUACCUACUGCAGAACAAAUAAUUUGCCUGAAAACCUACUUUGGACAUUCCAGCUUUAAACCGAUGCAGUGGAAAGUGAUCCAUUCUGUUUUAGAAGAAAGAAGAGAUAAUCUUGUAGUAAUGGCUACUGGAUACGGCAAGAGUUUAUGCUUUCAGUUUCCUCCUGUAUUUGUUGGUGGAAUCAGCAUUGUUGUUUCUCCUCUGAUUUCUCUGAUGGAAGACCAGGUGCUUCAACUUGAAAUGUCCAACAUUAAAGCUUGUUUCCUUGGAUCAGCUCAGUCCGAAAAUGUCAUCAAGCAUGUUAAAGCGGGAGAGUAUAGGGUUGUGUAUAUCACCCCAGAAUUCUGCUUGGGAAACUUGAACCUACUAAAGCAGCUCGAUGCUGACCUGGGGAUCACCUUGAUUGCUGUGGAUGAGGCUCACUGUGUAUCAGAGUGGGGGCAUGACUUCAGAAAUUCCUUCCGAAACUUGGGCUCCUUGAAGACCACCUUGCCAUUGGUGCCUGUGUUGGCGCUGACGGCGACUGCAAGCUCCUCCAUUCGAACAGACAUCAUGCACUGCCUCAACUUGCGGAACCCUCAGGUCACCUGCACCAGCUUUGACCGGCCCAACCUCUAUCUGGAAGUUGGGCGGAAGACGGGCAAUAUCCUUCAGGAUUUGGACAGGUUUCUUGUGAAAAAGACAGGCUCAUCCUGGGAAUUUGAAGGCCCCACCAUCAUUUAUUGCCCUUCUAGAAAGAUCUCUGAACAAGUGACUGCAGAGCUCCAGAAACUGAACUUAGCUUGUGGAACAUACCAUGCGGGCCUGGGGAUCAAGUUGAGGCGAGAGAUCCACCACAAGUUCAUGCGUGAUGAAAUUCAGUGUGUCAUAGCAACAGUUGCCUUUGGCAUGGGGAUUAACAAAGCAGACAUCCGCAAAGUCAUCCACUAUGGCGCUCCCAAGGAAAUGGAAUCUUACUACCAGGAGAUGGGUAGGGCUGGCCGUGAUGGCCUGCCCAGUGCUUGCCAUGUACUCUGGGCUCCUGCAGACAUAAACUUCAACAGGCACCUCAUUGGUGAAAUACAGAAUGUUGACUUUCGACAGUACAAAUUGAAGAUGAUGAGAAAAUUAGAGAAGUACCUUCAGUCCAGCAGAUGCAGGCGGAAAAUCAUCUUGUCUCAUUUUGAAGAUAGACAACUCCGAAAGGCCUCCUUGGGCAUUAUGGGAACAGAGCAGUGUUGUGACAACUGUCAGGCCAGACUGAAUGAUCCUCAUUCCAGUGAUGACUCUGAGGAACACUUGCAGGACUUUGGGCCACAGGCCUACAAACUGCUGUUUGCAGUGUACAGCUUAGGAGAGAAGUUUGGAAUUGGGGUCCCAGUUUUAUUUCUUCGGGGAUCGAAUUCUCAACGUCUUCCUGAUAACUUCCGCCAUCAUUGUCUCUUUGGUGGUGGCAAGGACCAUUUGGAGAGCUGGUGGAAGGCUUUGGCUCGGCAGCUGAUUUCAGAGGGUUUUUUAGAAGAAAAGUCAGGAUCCAAGAAAUUUGCCAAAAUUUGUGUUCUUACAAAGAAGGGUAGAAUCUGGCUGGAUAAAGCCACUGAUAAGUCAUCCCAGACGCUUCUCCUUCAUGCCAAUGAAGACCUGUGUCCAAGGAAAUUACUAAAACUAAGGGUUUGGCCAACAUCACCAGCGAAGCCUCUUCCUCUUCCUCUUCCUCUUCCUGGUUCCUGUGACUCCCCAGAAUCCAUUUCAUCUAAAGAGCAGCAGUUUCAGACUGCACUAUAUUGCAAAUUGAUGGAAGCGAGGCAAAAGCAGGCCAGCGAAAAGGACAUCCCUCCAGCUUUAUUGGCUACCAACAAGGUGCUGGUAGAUAUGGCCAAGAUGAGGCCAAGUACCCUGGAAAGUCUGAAAAACAUUGAUGGUGUGUCAGAGGCCAAAUGCACCAUGUUAGCCCCUCUUGUGGAGGUUAUCCGAGCCUUCAGCCAGACAAACAACCUUCCGACAGACUUGUUUUCCAGCCCUUCACCUGGAUUGAAAGAGAAGAAUAGUUCAGCAAAGAAAUGUGAGCACAUUCCACUUCCCAAGUCGGUUUCCAUCACUUACUCUUUGUUCCAGGAAAAGAACAUGUCUUUGUGGAGCAUCGCUGAGAGCAGGACGAUGCCUCUCCCUGUGGUCGGCAGUCACUUAUCCCAGGCAGUGAAGGCGGGCUACCCUCUGGACCUCGAGCGAGCCGGCCUGACUCCCCACGUCCGGAAGAUGAUCACUGACGUGAUCCAGAAACCUCCCAUCAACUCAGAUACUUCUAAAAUAAAGGCCAUCAGGACACUGGUUCCUUCAGAAGUUGAAACCUACCUCAUCCAGAUAGCGGUGGCACUGGUAGAAAAGGAAAGGAAGCCAGAAACCACACUCCCUGACCCAUCCCCAAAAGAGUCCAAAGUGGAGAGUGUUGUGCCUAGCACUUCGAAGCCCUGUGUGGGUACCAAAAAGCCAGUGACAGAGACCUCCAAGAGGAAGUUCCCAGGCUGGUUCUCUUCAGUCCAGGGGCCCAUGCCUCCAGGAGGCACCUCCAAGAAAGCAAAGCCUGGAGCCAGGAAGGGGCUUUUUACUUGAGCUGGUGUUCACACCCCAUCUCGCUUGGGCAUUUGUUAAUUUUUUGUGAUUGGGGAGGAAUUCUCAUCAGACACAUGGAUGUUUUCUAGGAUGUCAUGGUUGUACUGCUUCCCUUCCAGCUUGCCUUGGGAAGAGUUUUUAGGGGAAUUUCCCAAGACCUUUGUUUAUUCAAUAGCCUCAACCUGGAUCUCUGAGGCAUUAAAGGGAAGAGGAAGGCCUCUUGUUUCUCUUUUAAGUGGAAACAGGUCCUUACCCAGCCAGAAAGUGUAUCUUGUUGGCCUGGUGAGCAAGUCUGUAAGCUGCUUCUGGCCACAGAGGCACUGACAACACAGGCACUUUCUAUUGGAGCUGCUAUUGGAACUGCAGUGAUCAAGAGUUUUUUUUUAUUUUUAAAGAAGAUUGUUUCUUUGGGACCCAUUGGACCCAACAUUGUGAUUUCCUCAUUUUCUAUGAGGCUGCCCUCCUGUUUACUGCUGCCAGUGCAGAGGGCUCGGGGACUAUCCCCCUUCGGUAUUAGCUUCCAGAUGUGUGGCGUACAUUGUCCAAGGAUGGAAUUGCUCAUUAUGGCUGUUCAGUCUCAUUCCUCAAAGGGUCAUUUAGUACUUAGGCUGUUUGGUAGUUUUUCAUAAAAUAAAUGCCUAUUUGUUUCUGAA